GCGCUUCCCUCGUGCACACGCACGCACGCCGCGGCGAGUGAGAGACGGACGCGAAACGCGAGACGCGAAUCAAACCUCGAGAAACUCGAUUAAACUUAAUUAAACUAAAUCGAAAUAAUGACAGUCCCGUGGAUAUAAAAUACAUAAGAUAACUAAACCAGAACUAAGCCUGAACUAAAGAAACGCAGAGAUUUUCUUCACAUCAGCUGCUGAGGAGAGAAACGGACUCUCCACAGGCUGAAGUUGAUGAGUUCUCCCAGUCUGAGUGAUUUGGGUCGAUCAGAGAGAUCAGCGCUGGAUGACAGGAGCAACCAGCAGCACCGAGCAGGAGCCAACGCCACCUGGAACAGCAUCCAUAAUGCCGUGAUCGCCGUGUUCCAGCGGAGGGAUCUGGGAGAGAAUGAGCUGUAUGUGCUGAAUGAAGGCGUCAGGCAGCUCCUGAAGACUGAGUUGGGCUCCUUCUUCACAGAAUAUCUGCAGAAUCAGCUGCUGACGAAGGGAAUGGUGAUUCUGAGAGAUAAGAUUCACUUUUAUGAAGGUCAGAAGCUGCUGGAUUCUCUGGCAGAAACAUGGGACUUCUUCUUCUGUGAUGUUCUGUCCAUGCUGCAGGCCAUCUUCUACCCUGUACAGGGGAAGGAGCCGUCCGUCCGUCAGCUGGCUCUGCUGCACUUCAGGAACAUCAUCACUCUCAACAUAAAGCUGGACGAUGCUCUGACCUCGCGCCCGCGCGCCCGUGUGCCGCCCUCCAUCAUCCAGAUGCUGCUCAUCCUGCAGGGGGUCCACGAGUCUAAAGGUGUGAGCGGUGAUUACCUGAAGCUGGAGUCUCUGGUGCAGAAGGUGGUGUCUCCGUAUCUGGGGACGCGUGGCCUGAUCUCCGGCGACGGCUCGGUGGCGCAGAGCUCGUGUGUUCUGGAGAAGCGGCUCCUGCGCCGAUGGCCGCGCUCCAGCGACUCGCCCGCUAAGAACCCCGUGGUGCGCUCCAAGAGCUACAACAUCCCCAUGCUGACGCCGGUGGCCGAGUACGACCCCGAGAGCAGCGCCGGCGCCGCGGUCAGACGCCACUCCGUGUGUCAGAUGACGUCCUGCGCAGAAGAGCCUGACGUCUGCGAGGAUCCGUCUCCUCCCGUCUGCCCCGAGACCAUCGUGAACCAGAUCCUGGAGUCUCUGGACUCAGACACCGAGGGAAUAUUCAUCGACUUCCGCCGGCAGCGUUCCAGCUCGUCUGACGUCAGCCGGGAGAGCGAGAGUGCGGCGUGACCUUUGACCUGUCCACACGCAGCUGAAGAUGCACCUGCAGAGCUUGUAGAAUGAUGGGAGUUUGUUUCUCGAUCGUGAGUGUUCAGAAUAGCAGACUAACAUACUCUACUGCACUGCUGCUGCAGUGUGAGAUCUGUAAACUGCACCGAUGGACAGAGCGCUUUUACAUUUAUGUGAAGUUGUGUUGCGCAGAAGUGGAUUACAUUUACAUUUAAUCAUUUAGCAGACGCUUUUAUCCAAAUGAGGACAGUAGAAGCAACCAAAAUCAACGAAAGAGCAAUGAAAUAUAAGUGCUGUGAUAAGUCUGUUAAUUGUGCAAAGCAACUGUCUCGUGUUUUCAAGAUGACAAAGACUCUUUCAACACCAUCUAAUGAACAAAACCCAUUAUAACAUUUUAACUAUUUAAAGUUAAUUAUCAAUGCAAUUGAAUAAUCAUAAUGUAAUCAAAUAAUCUUAGUUUUUUCAUAAAGUAUUGCAUUAGAAAAGAAAAUCAAAAUGAAACACAGCAGCACAUAAGAAGCACGAGAGCAGAGUACGUUAUUAAAGCUGCUGAAGUUAUUCAGACAAGAGCAGUGAUGUUCUCUUCUUGUCAAAUGACUGUUUGAUUAAUAAUAACAGUAAGAUCUAAUAAUGCAGGGAUGUAUUGAGAUGUAUUUUCUGGUCUGUUUGGACCAUGCUGACGCUAACAUCUCUAGCGAGAAAGACUAGCAGGGAUUUCUGUGUACAUUUGUGCAGUUUCACUCCGACUGUUUUGUUGUCAGUGUACUAGUUCUUCAUUCUGAACACAUGAUUUUCAUUUAAUUAAUUAUUCAUCUUGUGUUUUGUUGUUUUUAACGAAAGACUCUUGGAAGGAGGUGUACAUUUAUUUGUCAUUUCUUCACAAGGACAGUAAAAAUACUGAUUUGAGACUUUAGGAGAACCCAUUGGAGCUGAAAUCAUUAGAAAGUGAAUAAACUAAUUAUUUGCAGCA